CUUUACAGAAUAGGGCUUUACGUAUAUGUACAGGAGCAGUGAAAACGACACCUAUUAAUGCCCUUCUAGUAGAGACUGGAGAGAUUCCACUAGAAAUAAGAAGAAUAAAAUUAGCUCUGACAUACUGGAUGAAAAUAAAAAGUAAAAAAGAUGAAAAUGUAAAUUCAACAAUAUUAAAAUAUUGUUGGGAAUACUCAAAGUUCCAUAGUAAUGGAUUUGGAUGGAUCAUAAACAAAUGGAUUAAAAUAUAUGAAUUAGAAGAUAAAGAAAUAGCUCAAUUUAAUCCAAUUAACGUUAGCCCUUCAUGGAUAUUUCCGGCAGUAAAUGUAGACAUAAAACUCCUUAAAAUGAAAAACGAUUGGAAUUUAAAAGAAAUAGGGGUAAAAACCGAUAUAUACUUAAGAAACUCAUAUUAUAAUUAUGCUAAAAUAUAUUCAGAUGGUUCUAAGAAUUCAAAAGGAUGUGUGGGAAUAGGAAUUUAUAUAUCUGAGUUUAAAAUUGACAUAUCUAAAAGAUUAUCUGAUCAACUAUCUGUAUUCACGGCAGAAAUGGUGGCAGUUAUCAUCAGUUUGCAGUGGGUAGAGGAGGUGCGUCCAGACAGAGUAGUAAUUUGCACAGAUUCCAAAGCAGUCAUAGAAAGUAUUCAAGGAGAAGGAAACAAUAGGAAAGAUCUAGUACUAGAAAUUCAACAUAGCUUAUUUAGAUUAUACAGAGGUGGCAUUGAUGUUUGGUUCUGUUGGGUACCAGCACAUCAAGGUGUAAAAGGCAAUGAAAGGGCAGAUAAAUUAGCAAAAAGGGCUUUAGAUCAGGCAAUAACGAUUAAAAUACCUAUUGGCAAAGGGGAAGGGAAAUCAAUUAUUAAGAAUAAAGAAAUGGAAAUAUGGCAAAAAAGAUGGAAUGAAGAUAAGAAAGGAAGGAAAUUAUAUAAAAUACAGAAGUCAAUAUUUAGUAGAAAUGUUAAGGAGAGAAAUAGAAGGGAAGAAAUAAUAAUGACUAGAUUGAGAGUAGGGCACACAUAUUUAAAUGAUACUUUAUAUUUAAUAGGGAAGAAAAAUAAUGAUAAAUGCGAAAAAUGUGGAGAGAAAGAAAAUGUAGAACAUAUACUACUGAACUGUAAAACAUAUGAACGUGAAAGGGAGAAAUUGAGAAGAAUAGUUGGAAAGACAGAUCAAGAAUGGAGUCUGAAAGGAAUAUUGGGAAAUGAUGGAAAUAUAAUGGAUAUUUGUAUGAUAAGAAAAGCGUUAUUUAUUUUUCUUCAAAACACAAAAUUAAAAAAUAGAAUAUGACUGAUGUAGAAUACUGUUGCUACACACUCGUGUACAGUAGGUGGCGGUAUGCACCUUAAAGUUGAUUGCGACCCGCCAUAAUAGAAAAGAAGAAGAAGAAGAAGCUCUCAUUGAACGCACAUGCGCAUUGGACACUGACGAGUGAC